CCCUUCCUCGACAAGCAUGGCCGUGGGCGUAGAAACCGGCGCAAAGUCGUCUCUCUCACAGCGCGACGAAAGUUCAAUCGUAGACGGAGAGAUCGAGAAGAUACAGCUGAACUGGACUGAAGAGGAAGAACGCGCGCUCGUACGCAAAGUUGACUGGCACAUCCUCCCAGGGUUGACGUUGCUUUACCUCCUUUCCUUCUUGGAUCGAAGCAAUGUCGGAAACGCUAAACUCGAAGGUCUGCUUGUGGAUAUCAACGCGACGGAUCCUGCCGCGUACAACACUGGUCUAGCUCUCUAUUUCCUCGGUUACGUCCUGUUCGAAGUUCCCGCCAAUAUCGUUCUCAAACGCCUCAACCCCAAAAUCUGGCUCCCGACGAUAACCGUUAGCUGGGGUAUCACAGCUACUCUGCAAGGAUUGGUUAGGUCCCAACCAGGAUUCUAUGCUGCACGUUUCUUCCUUGGGGUUGCCGAAGCGGGCCUAUUCCCUGGAACCAUCUUCGUCUUCUCGAUGUACUACAAACGACGAGAAAGACAUUGGCGCGUCGCCAUUUUCUUUGGUGGGGCGGCGCUCGCUGGAGCAUUUGGAGGUAUUCUAGCUUUCGCUAUUGCGAAAAUGGACGGCGUCGGCGGUCAACCCGGAUGGGCUUGGAUCUUCUACCUCGAGGGAAUCCUCACUACACUUGUUGGGCUAUCAGGAUACUACUGGGUACCCGGGUACCCGCACGACGCCAAGUUUCUCAGCAACAGGGAUCACCAAAUCCUCAUUGCGAGGCUGGCGGCUGACAGCGAUGCGGCGGAUCGCGAGCCCUUCCGUGCUGAAGGCGUCUUCAGCGCGUUCAGUGAUCACCUUGUGUGGGCAUAUGGUUUCCUAUUCCACGGCUUUGCGUUCCCCCUCUAUUCGCUUUCGCUGUUUCUUCCAACGAUUAUCGCCGGAUUGGGCUUCGCAUCGUGGAAAGCACAGCUUCUCACUGUGCCCACAUACUCGGCUGCCUUCGCCUUCAUCGUUCUGCUGGCCUGGCUCUCGCAUAGAAGCAACCGCAGGGCACCAUGGAUCGUAGCGUCCGGUUUCCUCGGCAUAAUCGGUUAUAUCGUCAUCCUCACCACGUCCACCGCCGGGAAACGCUACGUUGGGACCUACCUCUCGGUCAUGGGAAUCUAUGGCGCGAAUGCUCUCUUACUAUCGUGGCCGGCCGAGAACGUGUCUCCUCAGACGAAGCGAGCGACUGUAACUGCGAUGCAGAUCUUCGUCGGUGACAUCGGUGCUAUCGCCGGCGUCCUGAUCUACAGACCGAACCUAGCUCAGCAUUUCUACCGCAAACCUCACCUGAUUGCCAUCGGGUACACGCUCUUCGGUGUCCUCGCAGCGGGUUACCUCUGGUUCUGGAUGCGACAGUCGAACCGCCGCCGGGAUCUCCGACUGAGUCAGCUUGGGACCGAUGUAGAGGCAAAGGACAAGGUCAUCCAAGACAGUGCGACGUUCGUCAACGGCGUUCGACAAGGUGACCGGCACGUCGCGUAUCGAUACCAGCUAUGA